AAUGACUGAAAAAACAGGAGCCAUGUUUUCAUUCGCUGAAGUGUUUGUUUUGUUUGUGAUUCUACGUUGGACUAAAUUUCUUAAAAAUCACUUGAAUUGCUUGACAUACAAACUACGAGAGUUAGGUUAUCUGGGGUCGGAAGCAGCAGCAGUUCCACCGCAGACAAAAAUUCGUCGGUUUGCUACUCAACGAAAUUAUAACAGUUGCCGUUACGUCUUUAGAAUGUUCCGGAACUCCCUACGUUUGCUGCAUCAGGAGGUUCCGAAUAUACACCAAGAAAAACUGGCACCAAAAUCACAGCACAGCCGGAAGCUGAACCACAGGCCACCGGCUGAACAUUAAAGGAAAGGCAGCAGCGCAUUAUCCGUAGCAGUAGCCGACACAAUCAUUCCCUCCGCCGACAAAACUUUCUUCCGCUAAUGCAACAUAGUAGUGCUACAAUUACAAUUACAAUUAUGUUUAUUAAUGAUGUUUAUAAUACAUAAUGCAUAAUAUGAAACUUAUUGAAUUUCUAUAUAUUGAAUGAAAUUUAAGUCGAUUCAUAUUUAAAAACGGAUAUUUUCUUUUAA